AUGCCGUGUGCCCUAGAGCUACUUCCCAAUGAGCUCCUGGAUCAGAUCAUCUUCUAUCUAACAACAGAGCCGCCCUCGCUAGGACGACUCAAUCAAGCCCCAGACCGCCAAAUCACUCAAUCCCAAUACAAGCCACUUAAGCAUUUGGCACAAUGCUCAUACCACUUGCUGGAUCUUGUCCGACCUCGGCUUUUCGCCCAUGCAUGCCUAGACCUAAAAGAUGAACCGGCCUUUCAAGCGUUCAUCAUUACAUCUGACCUGGCUCGAUAUGUGACUUCCCUCGUGGCUAUCACGGAGAAUGCCUCUCUUGACUCAAACGAUCAACACUGGUGGCGCCGACUCCUCCAUUAUCUGGAUCCGACCCGUGUCACCGUAAUAGCGCCACCGACUUUCAUCGGGAACAUGUUAAACACGCGCAUCAUGGAUGGCCACAGCUGGGCAUUUGAUAUCUCACUGCAGAUCUUACAGCUUGAGCGCAAUGGGCCAUCCUUUCCUAAACUGCCUCCUUUACCCGAAUUGGAUGACUGUGAAAGUCUACUUUUGGCCCGUCCGUGGACAUCAAUGUCCUUUAACGAAUCCUCCUCCCUGAAAGCUUACAAUCAUUACGAAUAUUUUCUCUCCCGCGUCCCCUCCAUUCUCGGAGAAUGGGGCUCCCAGCUUAAACCACAGGAAUCUCCACCCGCGCAAUUAUCCGCCAUGCUAGGCCGUCUCACCUCCUUUUCCUAUACUGCCAUCUUCCCCUUCUACAACCACGUGAAGCUGGUACUGGACUCCCUUUCCCUAAUGCCGAAUCUGCAGAGUUUGAGCGUACAAUUGGCACCCGAAGAGCACAAUCAUGUCUUGGAGAUGGAACAACGCGGGUCUUUGGACCCCAACGAUCCAUGGACCGAACUGUCAACUUCUUAUUCGUUGAUUGGCUUUGAAAUUCGCCAUAACCAGUCUUUGAUCGAGUUCAAAAGUCGUGACUUUGCCUUUGAGGCCAUACGAGAGGAGCUGGCUUCUGAGCUCGAUGCUGAUUUGGGGCAUACUGACUGGGCUCCUCAGGGCAAUGGGAUUUGGAGGCGACCCCGCUCUACAUGA